CGCCGUGUGAAUUGCGUCGGGAAGUGACGUCAGGUUGGACUGCUUGUACGGCCCUUUACCAUUCCGCUGGUCUGCUGGUUAGGAGCGGGGCUUGUAUCCUCAUUCCCGGUUCUGCGGCAUCGCACACCGGCACCGAGAGCGGCGACGCGCCAGCGGGAGUACGCAGCGGAGGCGCCCGUCACCCGAGAAACCCUAGCUGCGAAAGUAAGUAAAGAACCAUGUCCGACUUUGUAGAAAGUGAAGCAGAAGAGUCUGAGGAAGAGUACACUGAAGAUGGGGAGGUUGUACAGAGAACCACAAAGAAGUUUGUGGAAGAGGAGGAUGAUGAGGAAGAGGAGGAAAAUCUGGAUGACCAGGAUGAACAAGGGAAUUUGAAGGGUUUUAUCAAUGAUGACGAGGAUGAGGAGGAGGAGGAAGAAGAGGAAGGAGGAAGUGAGUCUGGAGGCUCAGAAGAUGAAAUUGGCCACAAAAUAAGAAAACGCACAUUUGAUGACCGAUUGGAAGAUGAUGAUUUUGAUCUCAUUGAAGAAAACUUGGGUGUGAAAGUGAAGCGUCAAAAGUUCAGGCGAGUGAAAAAGAUGUCUGAUGAUGAAGAUGAGGAGGAAGAUGCAGGAAAGGAGGAGCAUGAAAAAGAGGCAAUUGCUGAGGAAAUCUUCCAGGAUGGUGAAGACGAUGGCAGGCACGAGUCUGUGGAACAGCCGAUUAUUGCCCAUGAGGAGGAGGAAGAAGAGGAGGAAGAGGAAUCUGACAUUGAUGAUUUCAUUGUUGAUGAUGAUGGGCAACCAUUGAAAAAACCCAAAUGGAGGAAAAAACUUCCGGGAUAUGCUGAUGCUGCUUUACAGGAAGCUCAAGAGAUCUUUGGUGUAGAUUUUGAUUAUGAAGAAUUUGAAAAAUACAAUGAGGAUGACGAGGAAAUGGAAGGGUAUGACUAUGAGGACGAGGAAGGAGAAGGUGAGACACGAGUGCGUCCUAAGAAAACUGCUAAGAAGCGUGUGAGCAGACGCAGCAUCUUUGAAAUUUAUGAACCCAGUGAACUGGAAAGCAGCCAUCUGACCGACCAGGACAAUGAGAUCCGGACCACAGACCUGCCAGAAAGAUUCCAGCUGCGGAACAUACCUGUCAAAUCUGCUGAAGACGAUGAGCUUGAAGAAGAGGCAGACUGGAUUUACAGAAAUGCAUUUGCAACACUGACUAUCUCUCAGCAGGAAACCUGUGAUUACCUGGAACGAGGGCAGGUUGGCAGCAGCUUCAGCCGCAAGGGACCUAGCACCAUACAGAAGAUCAGAGAAGCUCUAAACUUCAUGAGGAAUCAGCACUUUGAGGUGCCAUUUAUUGCAUUCUACAGGAAAGAGUAUGUGGAACCUGAACUCAACAUUAACGACUUGUGGCGUGUGUGGCAGUGGGAUGAGAAGUGGACCCAGCUCAGGGUGCGAAAACAGAAUCUGAUGCGUCUGUUUCAGAAGAUGCAGGCUUAUCAAUAUGAGCAGAUCUCUGCGGAUCCAGACAAGCCAUUAGCAGAUGAAGUACGACCUUUAGAUACCACUGAUAUGGAGAGGUUGAAAGAUGUACGGUCAAUGGAUGAACUAAGGGAUGUGUAUAACCACUUCUUGCUGUACUAUGGGAGAGAUAUUCCAAAGAUGCAGAAUGCAGCAAAGUCCAACCAGAAGAAACUAAAACGCAUCCCUGAGGAGGGAGAUGAGGAAGGAGCUGAAGCUGUAGAGCAAGAAGAUGAGGAGCAAAAGGGGCCAGAGUUAAAGCAGGCUUCACGUAGAGAUAUGUAUUCAAUCUGCCAAAGUGCUGGUCUGGAUGGCUUGGCAAAGAAGUUUGGUCUGACACCAGAGCAGUUUGGCGAGAACCUGCGAGACAGUUACCAGCGUCACGAGACUGAGCAGUUUCCAGCUGAGCCUCUAGAACUUGCUAAAGAUUAUGUGUGCAGUCAGUUCAGUACAGCAGAGGGAGUGCUGGAAGGGGCCCGGUACAUGGUCGCUUUGCAGAUUGCUAGGGAGCCGUUGGUCAGACAGGUUUUAAGGCAGACCUUUCAAGAAAGAGGCAAGAUCAACGUUGUUCCAACCAAGAAAGGCAGAAAGGAAAUUGAUGAAGCCCAUUUUGCAUAUGCCUUCAAAUAUCUGAAGAACAAACUUGUUAAGGAGCUUAGAGAUGACCAGUUUCUUAAGAUGUGCAUUGCAGAAGACGAAGGUCUGAUCACCAUUGAUAUCUGCAUUGAUAUGAAGGAUGUUGAGGGCUUUGGCAAUGAACAGACCUACUUCGAGGAGAUCAAGCAGUUCUAUUACAGAGAUGAGUUCAGUCACCAGGUGCAGGAGUGGAACAGGCAGCGGACACUGGCCAUCGAACGUGCCCUGAAACAUUUCCUCUACCCUCAAAUGGGUAAAGAGUUAAAAAGCAAACUUCUUCUGGAGGCCAAAGAUUUUGUAAUAAAGUCUUGUAGCCGAAAGCUGUACAACUGGCUUAAAGUGGCACCAUACCGGCCUGACCAGCAAGUGGAGGAAGAUGAUGACUUCAUGGAGGAGAGCCAGGGAAAAGGACUCCGUGUACUGGGCAUCGCCUACUCCUCUGCCAGGGAUCACCCUGUGUUUUGUGCCCUCAUUAAUGGAGAGGGUGAUGUGACAGACUUCCUGCGUUUGCCGUACUUUACCAAGAGGAAAAAUGCUUGGAGGGAAGAGGAAAGAGAACGAAAGGCCCAUGACAUGGAGACUCUGAAAAAGUUUUUGAUAAGCAAGAAGCCUCAUGUUGUUGCCAUUUCCAGCGAGAAUCGGGAUGCACAGAUGAUGAUUGAAGAUGUUAAGCGCAUUGUACAUGAGCUUGAGCAAGGACAGCAGAUGUCUUCUAUUGGUGUAGAAAUGGUGGACAAUGAGCUGUCCAAUUUAUACAUGAACAGCAAAAAGUCUGAAUGUGACUUUCGAGAUUACCCACCAGUGUUACGUGAGGCGGUCUCCAUUGCUCGGCGUAUCCAGGACCCUUUGAUUGAAUUUUCUCAGGUCUGCAGCACGGAUGACGAUAUCUUGUGUCUGAAACUGCACCCAUUACAGGAUCAUGUAGUGAAAGAAGAAUUGCUGAAUUCCCUGUAUUAUGAGUUCAUCAACCGAGUAAAUGAGGUGGGAGUGGAUGUCAACAAGGCUAUUUCUCAUCCAUACACCCAGUCCCUCAUUCAGUAUGUGUGUGGACUUGGACCACGUAAGGGUGCUCACCUGCUGAAGGUUCUUAAACAAAACAAUACACGUCUGGAAAAUCGCACCCAAUUAGUCACUAUGUGUCAUAUGGGUCCCAAAGUUUUCAUCAACUGUGCUGGCUUCAUUAAGAUUGACACCAACUCCCUUGGAGAUAGUACUGAUUCCUAUAUUGAAGUCCUGGAUGGCUCUCGAGUGCACCCUGAAACGUAUGAAUGGGCUCGAAAAAUGGCAGUAGAUGCUUUGGAGUAUGAUGAGUCUGCAGAAGAUGCCAACCCAGCAGGAGCUCUGGAGGAAAUUCUCGAAAAUCCAGAGAGACUGAAAGACCUUGACUUGGAUGCAUUUGCAGAGGAACUUGAGAGACAGGGUUAUGGAGAUAAACAUAUUACGCUAUAUGAUAUUCGUGCUGAGCUCAGCUGCAGAUACAAAGACCUUAGGACACCUUUCCGGUCAGCUAACCCUGAAGAAGUCUUUAACAUACUGACCAGGGAAACACCAGAGACUUUCUAUAUAGGUAAACUGAUAACCUGUAAUGUAGUAGGGAUUGCACACAGAAGACCCCAAGGAGAAAGUUAUGACCAGGCUAUCAGGAAUGAUGAGACAGGCCUGUGGCAGUGUCCAUUUUGUCAGCAGGAUAACUUCCCAGAGCUCAGUGAGGUAUGGAAUCAUUUUGACAGUGGCUCCUGUCCUGGGCAAGCUAUUGGUGUGAAAGCCAGGCUGGACAAUGGAGUGACUGGCUUCAUCCCAACCAAGUUCAUCAGUGAUAAAGUGGUAAAGCGCCCUGAAGAGAGAGUAAAGGUGGGCAUGACUGUCCAUUGUCGAAUAAUGAAAAUCAACAUUGAGAAGUUCAGUGUUGAUAUGACUUGCCGAACAUCUGAUCUGAUGGACAAAAACAAUGAAUGGAAGUUGCCAAAGGACACCUACUAUGAUUUUGAUACAGAGGCCGCACAUCAAAAGCAAGAUGAAGAACUGAAGAAAAAGCAGCAGCGUACAACUUACAUAAAGCGAGUCAUCGCCCAUCCUUCUUUUCACAAUAUUAAUUUCAAGCAAGCUGAGAAGAUGAUGGAGACAAUGGAUCAAGGAGAUGUCAUCAUCCGACCAAGUAGUAAAGGCGAAAACCAUUUAACAGUCACAUGGAAGGUCAGCGAAGGCAUCUACCAGCAUGUGGAUGUUAAAGAGGAGGGGAAGGAGAAUGCCUUCAGCCUGGGGUCCACUCUCUGGAUUAACACUGAGGAAUUUGAGGACCUGGAUGAAAUUAUUGCCCGGUUUGUCCAACCGAUGGCUUCUUUUGCAAGAGAUCUAGUCAGCCACAAGUACUAUCAAGACUGUAACUGUGGAGACAAGAAGAAACUUGAAGAACUUUUAAUAAAAACCAAGAAGGAAAAGCCGACAUUCAUUCCAUAUUUCAUCUCUGCUAGUAAGGAGCUCCCUGGGAAAUUCCUCCUGGGAUAUCAGCCUCGAGCUAAACCAAGAGUGGAGUAUGUUACUGUAACACCAGAAGGCUUUAGGUAUAGGGGACAGAUGUUUUCUACAGUCAAUGGACUUUUCCGGUGGUUUAAAGAUCACUACCAGGACCCUGUACCAGGUAUCACCCCAAGCAGCAGCAGCAGAACUAGAACUCCGGCCUCCAUGAGUGCCACGCCUGCCAAUAUUAACCUUGCUGAUCUGACUCGCGCUGUCAAUGCCCUGCCACAAAACAUGACCUCGCAGAUGUUUAAUGCUAUUGCUGCAGUUACUGGACAACAUGGGCAGAACCCCAAUGCCACACCUGCACAAUGGGCAUCCAGCCAGUACGGAUACAGUGGAGGCAGCGGAGGUGGCAGCAGUGCAUAUCAUGUUUUUACAACCCCAGCACAGCAGCCUGUGGCUACCCCUCUGAUGACUCCAAGUUAUUCUUAUGCCACCCCCAGUCAGCCUAUGGCAACACCACAGUAUCACCAGCUGCCGCCAAGUGCCACGCCCACCCCAGCACCUACUCCACAGUCCUCCCAUUCACAAAGUUCGUCCAGCUCCAGUUCCCGGCACAGACAACAGUCCAAAACAAACAGCCAUGCGGCUAUCGACUGGGGCAAAAUGGCAGAGCAGUGGAUGCAUGAAAAAGAGGCAGAAAGACGGAAACAAAAGCAGCGCUUAACCCCUCGUCCUUCUCCAAGUCCUAUGAUUGAGAGUACGCCCAUGUCUGUCGCAGGGGACGCCACACCACUACUUGAUGAAAUGGACCGAUGAACGCAUGGCACAUGAUUUGGAAUAAACAUUCGAUUGACAGAUGGAACAGACUUUCCCAAUGUUGACAAUUGUAUGAAAUGGUUUCCUAGCUCAUAAUUGAGCAUGUUUGUUUAACAGGCCAAUGUGUGCGUAGCCAUACAUGAGACAGCUGGGCCCUUCCACGUGCAGCCUAUAUUUACUUGAUGAGUACUUGGGAAAUCACUUCUCGUGCACCACGCCUCAAUAUCACAUUGGUUUAAUAUUAUAGUAUUGUUUUACUUCCAGGAAGGGAGGUAGAGUAUAAAAAUGCUACUUGUUUUUAUGACCUAUGUUUUAAACAUAGAAUGGGCUUAACUUUUAUUUUAAUUGCAAGUUCGGCCAAAGAAUGAUAAAAAGAGGAGAGGUCUUGAAGCAAAGAUCUCGCUACUCUCCUGAAUGUGCUGAGCAAUCAGAGCUGCCGGAGCUGCUUUAUAAAGACACUUGGUCAUAAGGGCUUAUGGGAACCAUGAUUAGGAAACAUAGUCUGCCAGAGGCAGCUGUCCUGGGCUCCCCCGUACCAGUGUGUUACUGAUCUCUAACUAGACUUAAGAAGGACAUGCUUCAUUACAGUAACAGAUUCUUAGUCUCUGGUUGGAUAGAUUUGGGUAAAUGUAUUUAUUAUUUUUUGUUUUUCUUUGCCCUGAUUCCUCUACUCACUGCAAGCUCCGCUAACAGUACACUUGUGGCUGUGCGCGCUCUCAUUGCGUACAUACUGUAUGUGACAAACGUAGCAUUCUGUUUGUUUUUUAUCAUUUCCAUUGCAGUGCGGAGGUGUCUUGGAUUUCUGCUGCGCCUUACAGUUCUUUUUUUUUUUUUUUUUUUCUCUUUGGGUUUUUUCUGCAGCAGAUAAAUAAAUAGUCUGUAAAGAAAUAA